GUCGCCAGCUGUUUUCCCGCCGGCCUCAUGGACAUCAUAUCACACGGCACCUCUGCACGGCACUCACCUACAAGCAGACAAGGAGGAAACGUAGCACAAAGCCUGCGCCAUUCGCGGCUUAGUUGGUUCCGGUUGUGAGACGGGCCUUUGACUCCUUGACGGAAGUUCCGCUUGGCACACUCUUUCCACCGACUCCAUCGGGUUUUUUUUUUCUUCUUCUUUUUUUAAUACAAACCAUCGUUUGGGCUGCAAGAGGUUCUACUUUUAGUUCCCCCAUUACUCGCAAGUCUGUUUUUAUUUGCAGCCAUGUCAGCGCCCCCCUGGAAGGAGGCGGCCAGCCUGAUCGUGGUGAGCCGGGCGCCGCUGCGCGACGUGGUUGGCCGCGACCUGGCCUCCGCCAUGAUAGCCACCGUGUGGAACAACCAGAGCAAGCAGCGCGUCUCCCGCUGUGACUACCGCGUCCUCAUGGUGAAGCGGUCCAGCCUGAGUUCGUUCAUGGCCAACGCGUAUGUCUACCCCGGAGGCCUGUGCGAACGGUGCGACUUCUCGGCCGACUGGUGGGACGUGUUCGAGGCGGCUGGGGCGUCCAGAGAGUCGCUUCUGCGGGACGUGUGCGGCCGGACCCUUGGGCCCCGGCCCCCGAUGAUUGAGAAGCCCAUCACACUGUCGCACCAGAACCUCCGGCCAGAAGACCAUCUGCCAGGGGACCUGGCCUACCGCAUCUCGGCCAUCCGCGAGACGUUCGAGGAAACUGGUGUGCUGCUGCUCACCAAGGCACCCAGGGCCAGCUGCUCAGUGACGACGGAAGCCGUCUCUGAGGGCUUCGACGCCACUCAGUGGAGGCAGCGGCUCCGUGAGGACCCGGCCAACUUCGCCAAGAUCUGUCGUGAGGUGGGCCUCUGCCCCAACGUGUGGGCCCUGCACGAAUGGUGGGACUGGCUAACGCCCAUCUCGGUGGGACACCGCCGCUACGACACCAUGUUCUACCUCUGCUGCCUUGACAAGCAGCCUGAAGUGGUGCUGGACCAAAGCGAAGUCAUCACGCUCAAGUGGUGCACACCGGAGGGCAUGUUGGAGGACUACUCCACGGGGGCGGUGUUCCUGGCACCGCCACAGGUCUACGAGACGUCUCGCCUGCUCAACAUGUCGAGCUUCAGCGCCCUCAGUGAGUUCGCAUGCAGCAGGGCUGUCGAGGGCUGCGAGCAGUGGAUGCCGGUCAUCGCAUCGGCCAACGACGGAGCGGUGUCACUCUUGCCAGGGGACGACCUGUACCCUGACGACCCCGACUACUACGGCAGAGGUCCCGGGCCGGAGUACCCCUUCAACUUGGAGGAGCUGCGGAAGCGGUGCCAGAACCUGCACCGCAUGGAGGUCCAGGGUCCCCUGUGCACCGCCUUCUGCAACAUCACCCCUCCCAAGGGCCACCUGCAGCCCCUGACCUUCAAGGGCCCGCCGUCCCUCGUGCCCUCCAUGCUCUGAGGCACGGGGCGGCUCACUGAGGGCGGCCUUCGCGGGGAGCAAACCUGGAUGCACGGCAAGCCCGGCUCUUUCGGUCGGAGCGGGAAAGAACAAAAAAAGAGGCUUUCAUUUUUUAUUUUUUUAUUUUUCCCCUCGUUGAAGCAAAUGUUGUAUAGUGAAUGUUUGACUGGCGGAAGCGCCCCUAGAGUGGAGUUACUCGCGUUUUGUAGAGUGGAAAUCCAUCGAUCCGUCGUUGCUUUGUUGGGAAGAUGGCGGGGUGUAUGUACUGAGAGGCGCGCGCGACUGCUUCGCUUGUUCCGAAAGGGGGUCGGGUGUGCGUGGAACGAGGUUGGUGCAUGCGCGCAUUGCUGUUGCUUCUGUGCACCGCGCGACAUGUGUGCCUUUUCUCGUUUUGCCUUACGGUGGGUCGACUGCAGCAUUCGUCGGAGGGGUGUCACGUGACCUUAGGUGCGCGGGUCCACACGUUCACAGCGUUGGAUUGGCUUGGAUGGCGUCCGGAUUACGGUCCGUAGGAAGGUAGAACGUUGUAAUAGUGGUCGGACGCCGAUUUGAUCGCAUGGGUUGCUACGCCCGACAGUCCAUUAAACUAGCGCUUUCCAACAACCGUGAAAGAAAACUGCAAAAAUAAAUAAAAGAAGGUCAGCCAUUGCA